UGUUGGCGAGAGCCGUUUACGUCACAUCCUGUUUCACUGCGGCGCCGCUAGCAGCUGCUAAUGUUGUAGCGAUGGCCGACAACACAAUCACAGUGAUAGUCGCUUAUGGCACUACCAAACACAGCCUCACACUGACAGGACAGGAUGGGAAAGAGCCUUUACUUAAGGAUCUGUCUGAAGCUCUGACAGAAGCUACAGGUGUACCGGCACCUUCUCAGAAAAUUAUUUUUAAAGGGAAAUCCUUGAAGGAGAUGGAUGAAAGUCUGGCCAGCUUUGGGAUAAAACAAGGAUGUAAACUUAUGAUGAUUGGGAAAAGGAAUAGUCCAGAGGAGGAGGCUGAACUGAAAAAGCUCAAAGACAUCGAAAAGUCGGUGGAGCAGACAGCCAAGAAGCUUGAGAAAGUGGAUGGAGAACUGACAGGACUGAAGAAUGGUUUUCUAGCAAAGGAUUUACAGGCUGAAGCUCUUAACAAACUAGACCAAAGAGUGAAGGUUGCUGCUGAGCAGUUCAUGAAGAUCCUAGAGCAGAUUGAUGCCUUGAGCGUGCCUGAGAAUUUUAGUGACUGUAGGAUGAAGAAAAAAGGACUUGUGAAAGCCGUUCAGGGAUUCCUAGCCCAGUGUGACAAGAUUGAAGCUGGUAUAUCGGAUCAUCUGGCAAAGAUUCAGACGAAAAAUUUAGCCCUGGCAGAGUAAUGAUGACUCUUCACUUUCGUGACUACCAUAGAGUUGCUCUGUGAGCGACCAUCACAGUGAGCUUCAGUACUGGAGCAGGUUCAGCAGCGUCUAUAUAUUUACAUAUAUGCCUCCUGUCCUAUAAUGGGCAGUCCAAAAACUGUUGCAGUGAGUUGAGGUUUGUCAGAUACAUACAGCAGUCUCAGGUGCACUGCAGUGCUGUAGUUCAAUUUGAUUUAAUGCUAACAGCCUAUGGGCUGGAAUUUAACAGCUCAAGCACAUAAUCUCAAACAUGAAUCUAAGGCUUUACAAAUUUACGGGUCGGGCAUCUGCCUAAGUGAGAAUAUGAUCAUAUUAAUUAUUAGGUAUGACAAACGUAUGAAAUUGUCUGCUUACAAAUUUGGCUUGGUCAAAAGUGAAUUCAUGGAACUGUCCAAGCUCUCAGUCUUACAUGGUCCCUUUACUAUGCCUGAAUACACAAAGUAUAACACACAAUACAAUACAUUGCAAUAGUCACUGGUACCUCUGAGCUGUCAUGUCUAAUGAGUACUUUUUUUGUACAGUACUGUCGGCUCAUCGUCUGCUGUGGUUAAACAUCGUCCUAGUUUAAUAAUGCUUAAAUAUUGACGCAUUUGAAACCAUUUGUGUGUUUGCAGCCUAUAAUGUGCUGCAGAAAUGUUAAUAGACAUAUGUUGGCCAAUUCCAGAUUUUGCUGUCUAUUGGCUUUUGUCUGAACUGUGUAACAUCAGAUAUUAUUCCCCCACAUCAUGUGUUUGUGAAUUAUUUUGCUGUGGGAAAAUAAAAUUUCUGUGGAUUUGU